AUGCAGUGUCAGUCGCUCGAUGACAAGGGAGAUAAGAUGACGAGGAAGACUGCUUGUCGGACCAACUUGGAGCGAGAAGAAUACUUGUUAAUGGAGGCGACGCUUGGUCGCCCGGUCCACAUCCUGAAGGCCUGGAAAGAAGGCCACAAGGGGAAAGAUGGAGCCGAGUUCUGCAGCUUGUCGGCACAGGAGAAGUACGGGACCAUAAAAGAGCGGGCUGCUGAAGAGGAGCAAAGGUGGUUGGCUGAGCAGCAGAGCAGAAAUAAGGAACGAGCAGACAUGAACGAAAGGUUGAAGCUGCUCGAGAAUCAAGUACAGGGCGCCACGUCAUGUUUUGUAUCAGUUCGGGAAUAUUGCGUCGUACCGAACGCCCGGCCCGCACCUCUCCUCUUAUCCAUUUCUUCUGUUCCCCACCGACACUCACUUCGCGGCGAGGAGCUCGGAAGCGAGGCGCUCGUCGGCGGAGACAAGGAGCGGAAGGAGGCGUGCGGCGGCGGAGACGAGGCGCUCGGCGGCGGAGACGAGGAGCUCGACGGCGGAGACGAGGAGCUGGAGGAUCCGUGCGGCGACGCGGUGUUUCGAAACCCUCGACAGUGGAGGCAGUACUCGGCGGCGAUGCAGGUGCGUGUCGUCGUGUCCACGGCGGCGAUGCCGGUGCGUGGCAUCCGUGAGUGGGCACGUCGUCGCGGGGAACGACUCCCUGACGGGGUCACGGGGAACGACGGCCUGACGAGGAGAUCCGGUGUCCUCGUCGCCGCUGUACGUCGGAGCGCCGCGGCCGCUCGCCGCCACACGAUGCAGGCGUUGGCAAGCUGGAACGUCUCGCGGACCUGGGCGCCUCCUUCAGCGGCGCUAGGUUCUCCUGCAAUCGGGCGGUGCUGGAACUCCACUAUGGAAGCGGUCGUUGCCCCUACAAUCGCUAGGUGCUGGCACAGCACCAGGAGAUGCGCCGCCUACGCAAGGACGUUGCAGGCCACAGGUUCAGACUUCAGACAGUUCAGCUCUCUACCCAUCAGUCGGGUGCUUGCCUUCUGUUGCAUCAUCUGACGGUGGCUUGUUUUUGACAGACUGGAUAGUCGAAAUUUUUAGUAUGCAAUCAAUUUAGAUAGUUCAUUUUUUCACAUGACAAUUUUGUUGUGUUCACUUGUGUGCAAGAUGUGGAAGAUGAAUCCCCUAGGACUUUUGUAUACCAUGGCAAUUUAAGUUCAUGGAAGCAUUGCAAUUUUAGUUUACAAA